UGUAUAUUGAACAGUAUAAUAAUAAAAUUUUAAUAACAAGUGCACACGAUCGUGCCCAUACAAACGUAACGCGGCGCCCGCGCACCGGGCGCGGCCUCUGUAUCAACGGCGCAUACUCGAUACUGAUGAUUUAGCGCGUUGAAUCUUCUUCAGCAAAAUCAUAUUUUCUCGAUCUAUCUGUCUUUGUUGAUUUUUUCUCGAAACCGCAGCUGAGGGCAUAGCUCUUCUGGGUGGCUGAUCCCUACCCGGUAUACAAGAUUUCUUACUGUUUCUCGCGCUCAAAAUCUUCGUUAACAGUAUGUGGUUGUGUCGUUCGAUCUCUCGCAACCUUUCAUUUGAAAAGGACAUGUUUAUCCUUCGUGUCGAUGGAACAGAAACCGAUCCAAAAGCAGCACUAGAUCUGCCUGAUACAGAAGCUGGGGCCUUAUGUGACAUAGAAGACUGACUUUUAGAAAGUUUUAUGGAAGACGGCACCAUUAGACCUUUGCUGUUUUCGCUACCAGAUAUAUGUUGUGAUUUGACACUUCGAAUAGAAACUUCCCCAUCGCUCUUAUCUUCCUCUUCAAACUCGUCGGAGUAAGCGUCCUCUUCUUCGACAGAUUUCGUCUUCUCUUCUUCUUGUUCCGAAUCGUAGACGCAUGUCUCUAUGCAGACGUUGGGGGGUCGUUUCACCGCAUCCACGAUGCAGCCCAUUUCUGACAGCUCCUUAGAUAGCUCAUUGAUCUCGUUAUUGUUCUCUUCCUGAUAAUGUUUAGUUUUCGCUCUGUUAGCGUCACCGGAUGAAUACUCUGUGUCAAUGUAGCCGUCGAGUUCUAUAUUGCUUUCUCUGUGUGACAUGGUGCAGUCAAGCGUGCUGUUACAGUAUUGUGAAACGUUGUCUUGUCGAUCUAUUUGGAAGAGCCAGUGUUUUAUUAUAACCUGAUAUUGGAAGCAACUGUUUUUCUGAAUAUAUUUCUCCAAAAUAAAGUGCAAGUCUUUACUGUAAUCAGUAGAAAAUUAUACAGUAAAAAUCAAUAAACACUUAGUGAUAACACAAACAAAUAACGCGCCUUUGGCUCCAUAGUUGCUAAGCUUACGUUCCGUUUCCACCUCAGCAGUAUCCGUUCCACGCAGUUAAAACGAUGAAUAAAAAGUAAUUUGUUAAGUGUUCUGCUUAUAUAAAAUAAAUUAUUAAAUGCAAGCUAUCUAAAUCAUUUUUCUUUCAUAUUGCUUGAGGGAUGUCCAUAGUUGAAUUGCAGGAUAAUUUUAACAGUUUAGAGCAAUAUAUUUAGCAGGCUGUUAGAAACGACAAACGGAACGGAACAAACCCCCGACUUUGACAGACUACGGUCGAUUUUGUUUUGACAUUUGACAUUUCAGUUCAGUGUGAAGUUCAAUCAUUUCAAUUCACAGAAGGAGAAUACUUUUGAUAUAUUAAUACACUGUUGUGAUAAUGAUUUUUCGAUAGAUUCUAAAGUAAUUAGUUAGAUUUAUUAAUUUCGAGUACAAGAUGGUUACUAUUAUAAAGAACCAGCUUCUGAAACAUUUGUCCAGAUUCACAAAGAAUCUUUCGCCUGAACAAAUCUCGCUGUCAGCUCUACGAGGUUCCGGAGAACUGCAUGACCUCACACUUGAUGAGGAUCUAUUGACAGAUCUACUUGAGCUGCCUGGUUGGUUGCGACUGACUUCUGCCAAAUGCAAUCGUGCUUCAUUCAGAAUACAAUGGACCAAACUAAAGACAGUUCCCAUAGUACUGAAUCUAGACGAGGUGCGGAUAGCACUAGAAGUGUGCACGGAGCCCCGUGAAAUGAAUCCAGCGGCUAGCAACUCUAUGCCUGCACCGGGCAAAUAUAGCUACAUACACAAGGUCAUAGAUGGAAUCUCAGUGGCUGUGAAUCAUGUUCAAAUAGACUUCAAUUGUGAUGCUUUCACCAGUAGUGUUCAGAUUUCAAGAGUGACGGUCGAGUCUCGGACGCCGGAGGGCCGAAAAGGAGACCUAAGACUGACUAGAAUCAAAUCGCCUGACACAGGACAGCUACUAAUAUUUAAGGAAUUGGAAUGGCAAAGCGCUAGAAUAGAAGCAAAAGCCCACGGUGCAUCUGCAGCUAAUCUUCCUCCACUGCGAUUGUUGCUUGGCAACACGCAAUGUCGGAUUGUGAUAAAAAAACGACUCUCAGACUGCGCGGUGCUCGGAUCUCGUCUCGCCAUCCGUCCGGAGCCCGUAGCUUGGGCGCUGACCGACGGUCAGCUGCGGGCCGCGCUGGCGUGUGGCGCUGCCUUGGCGGAGCCCGUGCGGCGAGCUACAGCCCAGGCCACUAGAUCUAAGGCGCUGCGGAAGAUAGAAGAGCCUCGUGAACAAAUACAAAGCCGAUCGAGUGGAGGCGAUCGUGACAUCCUAGCGCGAAUGUUCGCCAAACACGACGUGAAGGAGACCUCCUAUCACUUGCUAGCUCCGAGGAUAGACUUGCACCUAUGCGACGACCCUGGAUUGGGAAGAUCUGAGAAACCGUCGCUAGCUUCAGGUGGGGCGUUACAAUUGACGUUAGUGAGCAUGCAAGCAGAUCUGUUCCCCUACCACAAGGCAACCGCAUCUCGGGCCCAUUGGAGGGGCUACAGAGAGGCCGCCACACCCCACAGCCAAUGGCUGUCGCAAUCGCUGUCUUCCUUUUGUGCGAGCCUACUCGAACAUAUGGACCCUAGACCUGUCGCACCUAGUAAUAAGACUCAUACGGAAAAGUCAGAAGCACAGAUGUCCAACGGCAUAAGCCCCCGCCCCGCACCCUCCAACCCCGCAGCUGCCACCACUGCCAAUACUACUUCCCAAGCAUCGCCAACGAGGAAUAAGAUUUUGCAGCAGCUAGGUAAACUGAUGACGACAUGCCUCAUACUUAGGAUAGACGAUUUUACGGUUUACAAGGUAUCGACCGGGUCCAAAGGUCGCGAAUCUCCGCGGCCGUUGGUUUGCGCCGAGAAGGCAACGUUGCCGGGCGACGCGGGCCUACUGCACGCGGAACUAACUUUCUUCUACUACCCGGGCGACGUCUGCUUUCCAGUUCCAUCGCCGAAGCUUUACGUGCAAGUUAGCCCGGUCCGCGUAUACGUAGACGUCGCCAGCGUGAUUUGGCUGGGUGCUUUCUUUCCUCACGUGGCGAGAGCGGGAGUUGAGAGUGAGAAGGGAGAUGCUUCUCUUUUCUAUCUGGACGUACGAGCAGAAGCCAUCAUGCCCAAGAUAGUGUUAGAAGCGGGCCCAGAACACGUGUCCCAACAGCGGGAUCGACCAAGGGAACUGCACAUAUGUACGGCACGAGCUAUGUUAACGAAUGUACGCGAAACCGGGCGGGGGAACUCCGCUGGCACGAGAGCAGAUCUGGCAUCCAUAUUGGCAGCGCUGCGACGAUCAGCGCCACCUAGCGGCCAGUUCCCAUGCUCACCUGAUGACCUAGAUCCCAUACACGAGCAAUUCAUAUUACAUGCGAAUAACUUGGACGACAUCGACCGCGGCACGACCAUAGGUCCGGAGUCAUUAUGGCGGGAAUCGCGUUCUGUUUGGUGCGCACGCGCUGAGCCCAUAUGGGCUGAUUGCGCGGGCGCUCGCGCUACAGGGAGACCGGCGCCUUUACUGGAUGCCGUGCCUCUUACUGCUUGGUUGUGCUUCGACGAAGGCUUCUCUCGCAUAUGGUGCGUGGCCAGAACUUGCGGGUUGACUGGUCUUCAAUUAAACCACUAUCAGAUGCUGUUCCUCUUCAGACAGCUGGAGAGGAUAUCGGAAAUGGCGGCGUGGUUAGCGCACGAUGCUAACAGGCAACCCGAUGCUGAUGAAGGGUCAAUAGUACUGGGUUUGGUUGUCCAAGCAGUGGAACUCACUAUAGUGCUGCCGUCCAGCUGUCCCGGUCAGGAGUCUUCCAGAGACUUGGACAGCGUCCCACUGGAUUCAUCCAGUCUGCAGGACUUGAAACUAGGAUCAGAGUCGACAAUGGCGCCAUCUAUGAUAGACAGAGACAGCGGCGUAUUGGCGAUAAGUUCUGUGGAAGUGUUCACCUCUCAACCGCUGCCAGCGGAAGAAGUACCGCCAAGUCCAGGCCUUAAUUUCGGUGGUUUCUCAUCAAUGCGACGCGGGCUCACGUCUCUAGUGACGUCAAUAGACAGUGCUUUGACCCGCGAUGACGCUCGCAGCGACGCCGCCUCCACCGCCAGCUCCGACAGCGAGAGAUACGUCGUCGUUGGACUAGCUGCCGAGUCGCCCGACGAUGCCGAUGUUGCGUUCAGAGAGUUCGAGCACGGCCGCAUGUCGAGUGGAGUAGAAGUCGCCGCUGAAGUGGUGGAGCGAUCAUCAUCACCCAGCGACCAUUCCGUCACCAGUUCAUGCAGAAGACGCGAUGUGAUAUCAACGUGCACGUUCCGUUUGAACAACAUCCAUAUAGUGCAGCAGAGUAUGGGCGGGUGUUCUCGCCUCCGAUUGGCCGCGGACGGGCUGAGUACGGACGAGUGCGCCGCCAUACCCUGGGACGAGUUCCAGAAUAAAUUCUCGAUGCGGGCGCGAGCGUGGUCAGAGCCCACGGUGGAAGAAGAUGAUGAGUUGAAGACCAGAGAUACGCCGCAGGUGGCCGCCAGACUCACCAGGACUGAGCUGCCAAGGCCUAAUACUGAGAGUGAGACAACUUUGGCGCCUUUCGAAGAACUUUUAGAAGCGCACGUGAAGGAUCUGAGCCUAUCACUCAAUAUGAGCACUUCCCUUGCGUUAGCAGAGUUCAUUGAGGAUGAGGUGAUCGCGCCACCAAUGCCGCUAGAGGUACACAUAGAGAAUUUGAAACUCCACCUCAUAGAAGACCGUCCAACUCGUUCCAUAUCUUCGCCACCACCACAGCCUUUAGACAUUGACCUGUCCACACUACGCCUUACUAGAGAUUCCUCAGGGAUCCUACAUUUAGGCCCGCCUACAAAAAUAAUUACCGAGUCUCCGGGCACACCGAAACUGCUGCCAGAUUUAGACGAAGCCAAAGAGAAGAUAGACAGACUUAGCAAAGAGAACGAAGAACUUAGAAGAAGAUUGGUCACGCUGUCCAGGAUAGCAGAAGACAACAGGGAGCUUAGAGCGAAAAUAGAAGAAGCAUCAGUGUUGCGACAAUGCGCGCACGCAGCCCAAUUAGAGGCAGCCAGCUUGCUCGCGGACAAACAAGAGCUUUUAGAAGCUAUGCGUAUACUAAAGGAACAAAUGGGUUGUCGCAGCAAGAGAUAGCGGUCCCGAGGCGGUCCGCCGCAGGGCUGCCUCGACUGCACGGCCUGCUGCGGCGACCGGCAGACUUAGACGCCCCUAACUCACACCCCUGACUCACUAAACAACUCCAGCCCUAAUAUACGACUUAUCCGAACAAUGAAGGCUUAGUUUUAAACUUUAAUUGGCUACACAGAUUUAUUUAACACUUGAAUAUAGUUAGAAAAGGAUGCCGCUAUAUGAUAUACAAAGCGAUAUCCCUUUCUAACUGUACUCAAGUAAAGAUCAAUACUUAGUUGUCAUUCUGUAAUACGAGCCUAAAAAGCCCGAAAGAGGUUCGAAGGGCCUUGGGGGCGGGGCAGGCGCGCCACAGUUAUGUGUGAGCAAAUACUCAUAACUUGACCAAAACUUGGUUCUGAUUGCAUAGUUGCUCUCGGGUGUGAGCGCUGAUUGGUUCGAUUGUUUGAUGUCGCGUCGUUUGAUUGGCUAUUAUCUAUCAGGUAGAAGUGUAGUAAGGACGAGCCGGCGAUAUUGGUUCCCGUUCAAGCGGUCUAUGGUCACCCUUUUAACCUCUUUCUGUGUUCUGUGCCUUUAACACAAACCAAGCCCUAAUAAUACACCACUUAUCCAAAGAAAAUAACAAAACCAUCUUUUAAAAUAACCAUGGGCUCAGCUACGGGUGAGCAAGUAUGGGCUAAGCCCAUACUAGAAUCCUCUGCCCUCCCCUAAAGUUCGAGUAUUGAAAAAUGUCUCUGCAGUUUAUAAAAUAAUUUGAAAAUUAAUAUUAUUUCAAUGAGACGGCUUAUAUGAUUAUGAUCUGGCUUAAAAAAUUAAGUAGAACGGUCCAUCCGAUAUUGGGUUUCGUACCUACACUCUGGCUUCAACUUUUCACUCUAUUUUGACAAAAUAUGCUCAGAUUAUAGAAAGAAAACGAGCGAGCCUUACAGUAUUCGCGUAUGAUGUGUAACAUUUGA